GCUGGAACAUACAUGUAUAGUACAGGUGAGAGAUGUUUUUCUCUAGGGAGAGGAAAACUUGAAAAUGUAACCUUCCCAUAAAUUUUUCUAUGUAUAUGAAGGGUUGAAUUUUGCAUUGGUUGUGCUACUGGACCUGGAACAAUCGCUGAACGGAUAAGACUUUGUGUAUUUGUGCAUUUACCUGUUUUCGAGCUGGUCACACGUUUAAAGUACGUGAAAUCAUUAGACUGAUAAAAGGAAGUAUUUUAACGUCAAUUGCAUCACAUUGUGAAAUCGACGACUGAAAUGGCAGCAAAAUUCAGAAGACUCAACUCACGCAAGUUGGAUUUUGACAACAUACAUGUACUAGAUGUUAUACAGAGAGCUCGAAUUGGAGAUCAACUGGAAUUCCAUCGCGGAGUUUAUUCACAUUGGGCUGUGUAUGUAGGGAACGAGGAAGUGAUACAUUUAGCCGGUAUUAACAGUUUCGACAGUGCAUGCACCUUUAAUCCCAAACACACGUUCACUAUCGGCGGGAAAGUAUUCAUCAAAGCCGAAGUCAAAAGGGAAAGCGUUUGGAAAGUUAUUCGUGGUUCUAAAGUCAAGAUAAACAAUGAUAAGGAUAAGUCAUGUAGACCUUUUCGUCCCCAUGAAAUCGUUAGGAAAGCCAUGGGUAUGAUUGGAGAUAUCGGAUACAAUGUCUUCUGGCAAAACUGCGAGCAUUUCGCCGCCUUCUGUAGAUAUGGUGUUGCUUGGUCCAAACAGGCCGACAAUGCUUUGACGGCAAUCGUGGUUGGUGGUGCCAUCAUAACUGUGGCUGGCCUGGCUUAUGAGUUCUACAAGAUUUUCAUAAAAGAUGACUAAAUAGUUGGACUGUUCCUCAGUCGUAUUUUCAUUCUGUAAAGAGGAUCGAAAUGAUGUCAAGAGUGCAUCAUCAUCAUCAUCAUCAUGAAAAUCAUCGUCACCAUUAUCAUCAGACUAAUUUAUUAAUCUAAAUGAUGCUUAACUAAUCAUCUGUGAUAUAAACUAUUGUCUAUGUUAAUGUAGCAUAUUGUAAGUCGUCUUACAUCCAUGAAAUUAAACCGUAUACAUUAAUGUCGACGGGCAUUGUGUUUACAUUUCCAAUCCCGAUAUACAUUGUUUCUGAAACCACUUUGAAAUUUUUGAGACAUUUGCAUGUUCUUGUAUUUUGAAUUUCUGUAAAUGUUGUGUUUCAUUUCCAAAUUAAAACUGACAUGGGAAAUACAAACAAUGGGAUUUUUUGUUUGAACAUUACAUGACAGUUACUAGUAU